AUGAACGGGCGACAUUUGCCUGUUUGGCUCAAGCCAGAAAAUGAACACCGCAUAACUCGCCAAAGACUGCGUUCACUGGGACCGGUUUCUGAUCUUUCCAAGCCGCUUGGCUACAGUGAAGAUGUCUCGCAAUCGCUACAGUCACUUGUUCAUGGAACUCCUAUCGCUGCUGUUCAACCACUAAGAAAUACACAUGGUUCCAAAUCACAAGGCGAGCUCCAAAGCCAUCGCUACGUUCCUACCCGUACUGACUCUCCAAAUCUGGAAUUUGGUGAUUCCGAAACUGCCUCGCUUCCUGACAGUACUGCUCGCCAUGAUUUCGAAGUUUUUCAGCCUACAAGGCAAGCUUGGACCCCCGCUGCGCAGAGACGGAACAUUUCCACCGCCUUGCCUCAACAACCCCUCUAUGGUUCGUUGCAAUCCUUUGACAGUUUUAUUUUUACCCCACACUCGCAAGAUCAUUCCAGCGCACUGACGAGGAAAAACCUCCGAUACCACCAGAGGCAAUCGCUGCCAGAAUCAAAGCCGAACAAGCGUAAAAAGACAUUCCUGAGUCAGAGUCGAGAUCGAUUGGACGUCCUGGUCGGGAAGUUGAGCUCGAGCAAAAAGGACGAAGACUAUCGAUCAGCCCAGCAACGGCGCCGUCGCGAAGGCACUUUGUCACCGCGCAGUACCGAGUACUCGCUCAUGAUUCAGAAUGAAAUUCCGGAAGAGGAUGAUUUGUUUCAAAACAAACGAUCGUUUUCGGUCAUUGAUCGUCUGAGGCGAUUUUCGAGGAGAAAAGAUAAACUGAAUGUUGAGAAAAUUCAUUCAAGCGAGAUGUUUGUCCCACCAGAUUUAAACCGUCCCAAAGUGGUCUUUCGAUACAGAAAGCAUGCGCCAGAAAACGAGCGCGAACAAAUAAUGAAACGCUCUGAUGGUACAUUGGUUACAGUAAUCCCGCGGCGCUCCUCUCGUGAGAACGUGAAUAAUGUUGUUCUCCCCGUGGACGCUGCUGCCUCGCACAUGAAUGCAGCAGCCCCCAGAAGUCAAACCGUCCGAUUACCCAGCGAAAGUACCAUGGCCAAGUUACAAGCCUUAGACCGUUCCCUCUCAAGCAGAAUCGCAGAAAGCGAAAAGCGGCCUAGAGGGAAGAAACGGCUUUCCGUAAAAGAAAUUUUCCGAAACCGAACUCAGAGAGCCACCCAUGUCAAACCUGGAAGCGAAUCUGGAUACGAGCCUGGCCAAAGCUCCGCAUCCGAUAUUUCGACAAUUGGAAAAAAUGACAAACGUUUUCUGGCAAGAAGAAGAUGGUUCGCUCACCAUGACGCGCAGUCGACAGCAUUUGAAUUUGAACCGAUGAAGAAUCUCUUCGACAGAAUGAAUCGAAGAUCCUACAUUGCUACGGGAGCAUCAGCUGCUGUUUUCAACUCAGCGCUAGAAUCAGAAGUAGGCUCAGAAGAUGAGCUGCAGAAGCUGGCGAACUCGCUCGUUUCGGACGCUGGUGAUGGUAAAUCCAACAAAUUGGUCGUCUCCUGUCCUCAGUUCCGCAACGAAAUUGGAACUGAAAAGGAAGUUGUCCUUCCAAACGUCCGUCCUGAACCGAUGCAGCGAGGGGAGUACAGACAGGUCUUAGAUACAGGGAGAACAGCGACGGUCUUUGAAGGAUUGGGAAAACCUGUAAAUGGUUUCCUCCUCGAAGGUCAAGAUCACGGGCAAAAAUAUUACUCGAAAUACUUUCUUGAGAAACCUCACAGUAAUUACAUCGGAGAAGACGAGAGAUACGGCCCAGUCUCUAUCAGCAUAAGAAGAGAAAAGCGCGAGGAAAUCGCAAGGAAGGAAAAAUCAAUCAACCUUUAUCGAAUAAUCAUCAGAACUGCCAGUUUAUAUGUUCUUCGCGGAUCAAUACUGGAGGAGCUUAUUCCUCUUGGUCGCAAUUCUAGCCAAGUUUCACAGCGAGAUUGCUUGAUGCAUAUUCUCCCCGAACUCGACAUCUCUGUUCUUCGCCGAUGCUCGGAAGACGCAAAAGACUUGCUCCAAAAACUCGACGAGAAAGCAGAGCAAGAACACAUCAAAGUCGGCGUGCUUCUCUGCAAGCGAGGGCAAUCAUCUGAAGAAGAAAUGUACAACAACACAAAUUCUGAAUAUCUAGACGAUUUCAUGGGCGUGCUGGCGAACAAAGUAAGGCUCAAGGGUUUUACUGGCUUCAGAGCUGGUCUGGAUGUUCGCGAUGAUUCUACUGGAAUGUAUUCUUAUCACACAACUCACCGGGAGACGCAAAUCAUGUUCCAUGUCUCCACACUUUUGCCCUUCUCGUCACAGAACUCCCAACAAGUAGACAGAAAACGCCACAUCGGGAACGAUGUCAUUUCGAUAAUUUUUCAAGAGCCAGGGGCGAAGCCCUUCUCCCCAGCUACAAUAAGAAGCCAAUUUCAACACAUUUUCAUUAUCGUUCGCGCCGUUCCGACCGUCUCUGGCGGCUUAAAUUACCAAAUAUCAGUUUCGAAAGCGAAAUGCGUUCCUGACUUUGGCCCCGCUGUGCCAGCGGAUGCUACUUUCAGAAGAGACAGUGUCUUGCGCGACUUUCUGCUGACAAAAAUCAUCAACGGCCGAAAUGUCAUUCCAAAAGUGGGAAAAUUUGCGAACUUGGCAAUCGAUAUGCGACGCAAAUUUCUCCGAAAUAUAUUGGAAAAUUGUUCGUUGGACGCGCACGGAAUCGAAAAUUCUAGCAACCGGUUUUCGAUCUUCAAGCGAUCUGAGAAGAGAAGAGCGAGAGUUCCAGCGGAGAUCGAAUCCCGCGGUGGGGUGAUUUGGAAAGUCGAAAGUCUAGUUCCUGCUCAUGGGGCAAACGCGAGGCUGUACACUUUCAACUUGGUACUGUCGCACGAGCAGAUGGCGCUUGUCCUGCCGCAGAAUGGGAACGGAUCCGACCCGGGUAUAUUUGAAAAUACAGUUCCAGGCACUGCUGUUUUCUCGAUCUAUCCAAAGGCGCUGCUUGGUUGGACUCUUUAUGGCGACAAAGAUCUUGUCAUUUUCUACGGGACCGGCGACUUUAUUCAAUUCUCGUUGAAGAACAAGAACGACCGAUCUGAUCUCAUUACUCGUCUGGAUUUUGUUUCCCGCGGCGUUCACGGUCUCUAUCCUCCAGCUUCGGCGACGAGGACGAUUGUUAUCAACAGAAAACAGCCAGGGAUGCAACUCGGAUUUCACAUUUCCUACGAAGGCUUUGUCAAUCAAGUAGACGAAGGAAGCGCCGCUCACGACGCCGGUCUUCAAAAGGGUUCAAGAAUCGUCCAAAUCAACAGCUCUAUGCUUGCGAAUCUCAGCCACAACGACAUGAUCGAGUGUCUCCGCUCCCUCCCACAAGUUGUUCUUUGUCUAUUGCCUCCAUCCCGUUUGACCGGGCAGAGCAGGUACACUCCUCGUGAUGUCUGGACACUCGUGCCAAGGCUCCCAAAUAUUCAGCCAGAAGACGCUCCCUUGGAGGAACCGGAAGAGCAUUUCACCGAUGACGAUGACUCACCAAACGUCCUUGAGAACAUUUAUGACAUGGUUAAAUCGGACGAUACUGCUCACACGAGCCACACAGGAGAUUCCAGCACAGAAAGCGAUGUGGACCGAUUUGAACUGCAAAAUACGCACAUUAUGUCCGGCGAAACGCUCCCUUAUCAAGCAGCAGCAAUGCACAAGGAAACCUUCAGAGACAAGGUUGAAGACAUCGUCCGACGGCAAAGCCCCAAGAUAUUCGAAAGAAGAAGGCGGUCGAUGGACUAUUCGGCCAAUUUUCAGAGCUCACAGCCAGAUUUGACGUCAACACCACUGCAGACUUCUGUAAAAAGCACGGAAAAGGAUCAGCUGACAGCUUCAGCUCUUCUCGGAUUGAGUGAGAAGACCUUUUCAAAACAAAACUUGGAUAGCCACAACCAAAGCAGCAAAUUUCCAACACCAAGAAACAAAAUAAUUAAGUCGCCAAGGAACAGUUCACCCAGUCCUGCUCAGAAAAGCACUCUUCCGCGGCAUUUAGCAUCGAUACGAAAUAUUAGGGAUAAUCCCGUGGUAUUUUGUAACUUUAAAAACGGCUCAAUGCAUUAUCCACCGAGCAAGAGGCGGCCUGGGCGGGACCAAUCGAACCCAAGACAAACUGACAGUAACAAACUUCAACAAGACCUUCUUAAUUUAAUCACAGAACCACUCCGACCCGCAGAAAGCCAACGAACACUAGAAAAUAGCCGUGGGGAAUCAACAGAUGACGAACUGAGCCCACGAAAGUUCAAUCACGAGCACCUGACCGAAGCUGAUCGUCAAUUCUCCGAAUUUCACCAGAAUCCGAGUUAUACUCGUCGCGGGCGUUCUCCUGCGAAAAGACCAGCGAAAAGUUCCACAAACGGGGCUGAUGAUUUAGCUCGCCAAGUCGAGGAGUUGAGAGUUCGUUUGGAUGAGGAACAAUCGCGAAACCAACAACUCGAAAGCGAAGUAACCACCCUUCGCCAAGCUAACCUGGCGCUGAACUCCACCACUAGCAACUCUACUCCGAAGCCGCGAAAAAUUGACUACGUCUGA